AUGCCUGAAGCUAUUAUGCCCCAGAAACGGGUGUUAGCGGACACGACCAAUAAUGCCCGCAACGGCGCCACAUCUCCUACGGCGUUAAAAAAGCGAAAACUGGAAGAUGGAAAUCCAAACAACCUUAAAGUUCCACCUAAACCCUUUCAAAGAAAAGGGUUCGGUGCCAGUCAACCACAAAAGAGUCGAUUCGAAACAGAAGUCCUAGAGAAAUUGUCACAGGAUAUCGGGGAAUUGAAGGAAAAUAACGCGGAGAAGGACCAGCAAUGGGAACGCCCACCUCUCCCACAAUGGGAUCCCAUGGAGGAGAAUAUCUGCUUCCAGCAAAUUGAUGCAGAGGAAGGGAGAUUGAAUACUGGAGAGACUAUGGCUGUCCGGCUCUUUGGUGUCACAGAGGCUGGUCAAUCAGUUUUACUUCACGUCACGGGCUUCAAGCACUAUCUCUACAUACCCGCUCCUAUCGGUUUCACACCAGAAGACUGCGGUCCAUACAGGGCUUUCUUGGACAUGAAACUCGGACUAGCCAUGGGUGCCAUUGAGUCUGUCGGCGUUCAUUUACGAGAAAAUAUCUAUGGCUUCCAAGGAAACGAAAAGAGCUGGUAUUUGAAAAUUACAGUGAGCGAUCCGAAAUUCAUUGCCCAAGUCCGCCGUCAGUUGGAAACCGGGGCGUCACACUUGAACUAUAAAGGCUUGUGGGGAAACCUGGACGGGGGAUUGAAAACUUUCGACAACAUUCAAUAUUUGCUGAGAUUCAUGAUUGAUACCGGGCUAUCUGGAAUGGCUUGGGUGGAGGCGAAAGCAGGAAAAUAUAAACUAAUAGCAAACCACGACAAACAAUCCACCUGUCAACUUGAAGCUAUCGUCGACUACCGCGACAUGAUCGCCCACCCUCCAAAUGGCGAAUGGGCAAAGAUGGCUCCACUUCGAGUCCUAUCUUUUGAUAUCGAGUGUGCUGGUCGACAGGGUAUCUUCCCUGAGCCGAACAUUGACCCUGUGAUUCAAAUCGCCAACGUCGUUACUCGAUAUGGUGAAGACAAGCCUUUUAUUCGAAAUGUUUUUUGUCUGAAUGAGACCAGUUUGAUUAUCAACACCCAGGUAUUACAGUUCACAAAAGAGAGCGAUCUACUAAUGGAGUGGCGGAACUUCAUUGAAAAGGUUGAUCCGGAUGUUAUCAUUGGAUACAACAUUGCAAACUUUGAUUUCCCUUAUCUUCUGGACCGUGCAAAGCACCUUAAAUGCACAGGUUUUCCAUACUGGACACGUCUCAAAAAGACUCAAACCGAAGCCAAAGAAUCAAAUUUCUCUAGCAAGCAAAUGGGUAACCGCGAAACCAAAGCAACCAAUACGAAUGGUCGAAUUCAGCUGGAUUUACUGCAGUUAGUUCAGAGAGACCAUCAGCUGCGAAGUUACACCCUAAACUCUGUCUCUUAUGAAUUCCUGAGGGAGCAAAAGGAAGAUGUCCAUCACACCAUGAUCACAGAACUCUUCAAUGGAACACCCGACUCUCGACGACGAUUAGCAGUCUACUGUUUAAAAGAUGCCUAUUUACCACAGCGACUAAUGGACAAGCUCAUGUGCUUGGUAAACUACACGGAAAUGGCAAGAGUUACGGGUGUUCCAUUCAAUUAUCUCCUUUCUCGCGGUCAGCAGGUCAAGUUCAUCAGUCAGCUAUUCCGCAAAGCCCUUGAACAAGAUCUUGUUAUUCCGAACUCAAAACCCCAAGAUGAGCAAGAUUAUGAGGGUGCGACAGUUAUCGAGCCGAAGCGAGGCUACUAUGGUGUGCCUGUUGCCACACUCGAUUUCGCGUCCCUAUAUCCCUCUAUCAUUCAAGCACACAAUCUUUGCUAUACCACCCUUCUGAACAAGACCAUUGUCGAAAAAAUGAAUUACAAGAAAGAUGACGAUUACAUUGUGACUCCGAACGGAGAUAUGUUCUGUACUGAAAAGAUCCGGAAGGGCCUUCUAACACAAAUUCUCGAAGAGUUGUUGGGUGCACGAAAGCGCGCAAAGAAGGAACUUGCCACUGAAACGGAUCCCUUCAAGCAAGCUGUGCUGAACGGUCGACAGCUUGCCUUGAAAGUCAGCGCGAACAGUGUCUAUGGUUUGACUGGAGCUACUGUCGGAAAGCUUCCGUGUCUUCCCAUUGCCAGUAGUACAACCAGUUACGGCCGUCAGAUGAUUGAGAAAACCAAGAAAGAGGUGGAAGAAAAGUACACGAUUGCUAAUGGGUACUCCCAUGACGCCGAGGUCAUUUAUGGUGAUACUGAUUCUGUAAUGGUCAAAUUCGGAGUCACUGAGCUCGCCGAUGCCAUGAAGCUUGGUGAAGAGGCUGCGGAUUAUGUUUCCGCAAAAUUCAUCAAACCCAUCAAACUAGAAUUCGAAAAGGUGUACUUUCCUUAUCUUCUGAUCAACAAGAAGCGAUAUGCUGGUCUUUACUGGACGAAUACAGUGAAGCACGACAAGAUGGACACCAAGGGAAUCGAGACAGUGCGACGUGACAACUGUUUACUUGUGCAAAAUGUUAUUGAAACGGUGUUGAACAAAAUUCUCAUCGAGCGAAACAUUGACGCUGCGCAAGAAUAUGUCAGAUCGACUAUCUCGGACCUCCUCCAGAACAAGGUCGAUUUGUCGAAGCUUGUUAUUACUAAGGCAUAUGCGCAAAAAGAGUACACUGCCAAGCAAGCGCAUGUUGAACUUGCCAAGCGUAUGGCCAAGCGUGAUGCCGGUUCGGCUCCUGCCCUUGGUGACCGUGUGGCUUAUGUCAUGAUUCGUGGUGCUGCGAACUCCAAAAACUACGAACGCGCAGAGGAUCCUCUCUUCGUCCUCGAGCACAACGUUCCAAUCGAUACCAAAUAUUACCUCGAAAAUCAGCUGACAAACCCCCUUCAUCGUAUUUUCGAGCCCAUUCUGGGUGAAAAGAAGGCCAACCAGCUUCUCAAUGGCGAUCAUACCCGAUCAAUCUCUGUCGCUGCACCUAGUGUGGGUGGUCUGAUGAAGUUUACGAAGAGAACACAAACCUGCAUGGGUUGCAAAAAGCCACUUUCGAGCAAAGAUAAUGAGGCCGGUGCCGUGUGCUUGGAUUGUCGCCCUCGUUUGGGCGAACUUUACGGCAAAUCUCUGGAGAGAGCUUCUGAUCUCGAAAUUCGCUUCGGGCGUCUAUGGACCCAGUGUCAGCGAUGUCAAGGCAGUCUGCAUUGUGAAGUUAUUUGCUCUUCGCGAGAUUGUCCUAUUUUCUACAUGCGUAUGAAGGCCAAGAAAGAUGCCGAGGAUUCGCAUAAAGAAUUGGCUCGAUUUGACAAGGAUGCUGCAUUCUGGUGA